AUGGAUCUCCUUGGCUGGGAGCCGCUCAGGGAGGCUGCUCGAGACGAGGCUGGAGAGCCCUGCACACCAGAGCUCACCCCGUCAAGUUUCUUUAAACACUUGUCCAGCCUGCUGGCAGACCCUACAGUGGCCCAGUAUCUCGCUGCACCAAUGUCGUGGAGCUCCAGAAGGCUGCCCAAGGCGCACUUGCUGCAGAAUGCAGUCCUGCUGCUCGGCUGCUUUCUGUCGCUGCAUGCAGCAAGCUUUGUGGCUUCCGGCUGCCAUCAGAGGCGGCCGGAGGUGGCCAGAGCCAGCCAGUCGGACAGCGAUCCCCAAGGCACAUCUGGUAGUGUCAUCGUAGCGUCGCGAGAUGCAGAGAGCCAAGCGGAGGCACCUCGGAGCCGCGGUGCCCGGCUGCAGGGCACCGCGGGUGCGAAGAAGCCUGGGCCAGUCGCCAAGCCCAAACAGGAGUCACAGAAGUUUCCGCUUGCGGCGGCCGGUGCAGCAGCGCUUGCAGCAGCCGCAGUGCUCUUCGCCCUUUUUCAAGGCUCCAAUCCUCAAGCAGAUGGGAUGCCGAGGGACGCGUACUAUGUCUCCUCCAGCAGCUACGUGAUUCAGAGCGUUCGCGACGAGUCUGGUCAGCUCCGGACCAAAGUGGACGAGAAUCGGGGACUUUGGACCAACAUUCCGGGCCUCAAAGGUGGACAGCGGUCCUCCUCUUCGGAAGCCGACCAGCGACUGCGUGAGGCACAGCAGGAGAUGCGGCAGACGCAGGCGCAGGUCGACCAAGCCAUGGAUGAAAUGAACCAGGAGAUGGCUUCCGUCUUCGGCUCGCCUAUGGUGGCUCUGCCCGAAACCUACUGGAAGCAGACUUUGAGUAUGCUUUUGCAUCCCGACUAUGAAGCGGCCAUGGCGUGUUUGCUCGAAGGGAUGCGCUACACCGAGCCCAUGGAGCUUCUGCAGUUGCUUCGCGGCGUGCUUGCGGAGGUGAUCAAGAAAGAGGAGGCAGCUGCAGAGUCUGCGAAGGAAUCUCGUGCAAAGAGAGGGUCGGGAUUCAGUUCGAAGCAGGCAGAUUCAGAAGCCUCUGCGCAGGAAAAGGACCCCAAAGAGGCAGCUACCCGGCGCUGGCGACGAACUCUCCGUGCAGUCUUCAACGCCGAGGCCGCCAUUGCAAUGUUGGGUGACCUACAGCAGAUGUACAAGUCGGAGGAGUUUGAGAG